UUGGACACGCCCCUCUGGGCUCAUUUCCCGCUCGCUUCUGGAGAGUGAGGGAGAAACGGCCGCCAUUUUGUCGGCGGUCAGAAACUCAAGGAAGGACGCGAACGAAAAACACAGGAAAUGGGCAAGGAAUGAUGCAAGGACAAGUUAUGGACGGUUCCAUUGGAGCUGGAAGAGGAUAUUCCAAUAUGUCAUCCCCAAACCCAGGAAUGGGAAAUGCUGGUAUUCUAAUGGCAGAGACAUCACAGCAGGGUUCUCCCCAAAUGGGAGGGCAGGCGAGCCUGAGAGGUCCACAGCCUGGAGCAAUGAACAAGGAUGAUGACUUGGGCAUUGCCCGCAAUAACACUGAAGACCAUGAGCACAAGAUGGAGAAACGGGGCCUCGGUAUGGAUAAUGGGAGCAACAACCAACAGGCAGCCGCCAUUCAGAGUCCUGCUGACUCACGUCGCCUGAGUAUCCAGCGCUGCAUCCAAUCCUUAAUUCAUGCCUGCCAGUGUCGCAAUGCCAACUGUUCAGUGCCAUCUUGUCAAAAAAUGAAGAAAGUUGUCCAGCACACAAAACGCUGCAAGCGCAAAAUCAGUGGAGGGUGUCCAGUUUGCAAACAACUCGUUGCUCUUUGCUGCUACCAUGCUAAGCACUGCCAGGAGAACAAGUGCCUAGUGCCACUUUGCCUAAAUAUCAAACGUAAACUUCGUCAGCAAGAGCUUCAGCAUCGCCUACGACAGGCCCAGAUCCUCCGGAGGAGGAUGAAAGCCCCCGCAGGAGGGUGAAGCCAUAGUGUAGAGCAACAGCAAGGGUUGCCUUCAAAAGUAGUUCGUUU